CCCAGAAACUCUCAAAUCCCAGAAAAAAGGGGGAUUCUUCGUUGAAAUUUUUUUUCGCCAUAUUUAUUUUCUCAGUUCACUUCCUCAUCCGACAAGGUUCCAUGAUCUUGAAUCCUAUAUUCUUAGCUUCUCUCGCUCGAAGGUCCGUUUAUCGUCUGGGUUCUUGAGAAAUUUCCUUGUCCGUAGAGACAAGUAGCUUCCGGCCUCAGCGUUUGGUGAAUUUUAGGGUUUUCCUCUCUUUUUUUUCUCUCGGAAUCUUACGCGAUUUCGGAAAUGGGUUUCGCUAUUUGCGUCUGAUUCAUGUGUUCUAGCUCGUGAGCUUCAUCUCUAGAACUGGAAUCUGACUAUGAAUGCCUUGUCUUGUCUGAUGUCGUGAAGUUUCCUCAGAAGUUCCGAUGGUUUAGGCAUUCAUAAGAAUCUGAAGAGUUAUGGUAGUUUCUGAAUCUGAUUUCGUCGAUUAGGGCAAAAGCUGUGUUCUUUUUAGGAUUUGGAGUUGGUUUUCGUUCGAUCUAGGUUCCCUUGAGAGUGAAGAAAUGGAAGGAAACUUCUCUCAAGGAGGAAUGGUUCCUGGUGGGCCUCCUUAUGGUGGAGGCUUCGAUUUGCAAGGUUCUAUUAGGGUUCAUCAUCCGAACGCAAUGCAUCAUCAUCAACACAACCCUAAUCCUCGACCCGACUCCUCUGCUCGCCCCUCCCUUCACGAGGGUCUUCCCUUUACGAUGGUUGCAGGUCAUUCGUGUGAGCAGAAUGUGUCGACGAGUGAAUAUAAUAAGAAUGAAAGGGGGAAAGGUUCGAUGAGCGAUGAGGAUGAACCAAGUUUCACUGAGGAAGGAGGUGGCGAUGGGCAUAACGAGGUGAACAAAGCCAAGAAGGGAUCUCCAUGGCAGCGAGUCAAGUGGACAGAUAAGAUGGUGAAGCUGUUGAUAACUGCGGUGUCUUAUAUAGGCGAGGACUCGGCCGUGGAUUGUGGUGGCUCCUCUAGAAGGAAAUUUGCUGUUUUGCAGAAAAAGGGCAAGUGGAAAUCAGUUUCCAAGGUCAUGGCUGAGAGGAGUUAUCAUGUUUCUCCACAGCAAUGUGAAGAUAAAUUCAAUGACUUGAAUAAACGGUAUAAAAAGCUGAACGAUAUGCUCGGCAGAGGAACGUCUUGUCAGGUGGUUGAGAAUCCUGCCCUCUUGGAUGUGAUUGAUUAUUUGAGCGAGAAAGAGAAGGACGACGUUAGGAAAAUCCUGAGCUCGAAGCAUCUCUUCUAUGAAGAGAUGUGCUCAUACCACAACGGAAACAGAUUGCAUUUGCCUCAUGACCCUUCAUUGCAGCGCUCUCUACAGUUGGCGCUCAGAAGCCGAGAUGAUCAUGACAAUGAUGAUGCAAGGAAACACCACUGUGAAGAUCAUGAUGACGAGGAUCAUGACAUGGAAGCUGAUGAUCAUGAUGAUUGCGAGGAGCAUCAUUCCAUCCAAAGGGACGGUAGGGGAAUCCAUCAUGCAUCCCUAGGUGUUUCAUUGAAGAGAUUGAAACAAGCUCAGAACCAUGAAGAUGGAAGUGGAUGUCCAAAUCCUAUGAAUUCUCAGGAAUGCAGUAAGGGUUCUUUACCAGAGAGUGGGAGAGCAGCUUGGCUACAGAAGCAGUGGAUUGAAUCUCGGUCUCUCCAGUUAGAAGAGCAGAAGCUUCAGAUUCAAGCUGAGUUGCUGGAAUUGGAGAAGCAACGGUUCAAGUGGCAGAGGUUUAGUAAGAAAAGGGACCAAGAGCUCGAGAAAAUGAGGAUGGAAAAUCAGAGGAUGAAACUAGAGAACGAAAGAAUGGCAUUGGAACUGAAGCGGAGGGAAAUGGGUUCGGACUUAUAACGAAUGAGCUUCUGCUUAUCUCCGAGGAAUCAAGAUUAUUAUGGCCAAAAGGAGUGGUGAUACAAUUGAGGUAUCUAACUGUUUGCAUGACUUUUGCCUUGAGCACUGUUUCAUAUUAGCUGAGGCCUGAAGCAUUAAUGGUAAAAGAUUAUUUCCAUCUCCUGAUGUUAUUAUUCUUGAUUUUGCAAGUUGGCCACCGUUCUUUGUAGCAAACGGCUAUAUAUUUUUCGAUCUUCCCUCCUCUGUAUAGUAGUUGAUUUUAUGGGCAGUGUGUGGAUAGAAAAGCAAGUCUGUCUCAUUGUAUGAAGAAGGAGAAACAGGCUAGUCUUUGUUGUUCAUGAGAUUGAGAGAUUCUGGUUCCUAGAGAGGUAAGCAUAUUUGCGAUAUGUAAGGCUUGUCUUGUUUUGUGGGUUCGAACCCAUGUAAUCUCAGACAUGGUGGAUCUGAUUGGGAAGUGGUCUUAUCCUUUUGGUG